AUGGAGCUCGAGCAAGAGAUGAUCUCCGCCCUACAGCAGUCAGUCAAGCUGCGCAACACACUCAGCAUCGAUAGACAGAAGCCACAAAAGUACCGUGUAGUGCUGUACGCGAGGUCGGGCGACAGCGCUGAGUUGAAAUGGCGGAGCGGCUGGAUCACGUCUGGAAAACCACGCGGCCGCACCCGCGACUACAGGAAGGUGUGGACUCCAAUGGGCAAAGAGGAAGCGGUCGCCUGGGGCAUUGGCGUUGAUGCGGUGGAGGAGUCUGAGCGCUUGCCGGAUUGCGGUGUCUGGGUUGGUGUCGAUGAUCUCGAGGCAGCGCUGGAAGACUUGCCCGCAGACCUGCAAGCCAGAGUGCAGAGCAAGAAAACCUACCCCGAAGUGAGGCGGGCCAUGCUUCUCUACCAGGACGAAAGAAUAUUUCGAGCCAACGAUGACCAUAGGUACGCGUGGUAUCGGGACGGCCAGCACGUGCCCGUCAAGACGUCACAAGGCCAGGGGAUCAUGGUGUCGGGGACGAUCAUCCACAACCUCGGCUUCUUCUCUGCAUCGCGGGAACAGAUCAAGGAAGCGGAGCGCAACCGCAGGAAACGAUGCGCUGCCUCAGUUGCCGCGAAGCGGCGGGGGGAAAAGGUGAAAGUCGAGAAGUUCCGCCCUAUCGACAUGCUGCACAAAGACGAGCACGGACGGUACUGGUCCUACGACCUCUUCGAGUACGGCAAGAACGAGGAAGGGUACUGGACCGGGCUCAAGAUGCUGGACCACAUGGCAGACGUGCUCGACGUGUUCACAGUUCUCUACCCUGAGCACAAGCCUGUAGGCCUGUUCGACUGGUCGUCCUGUCGUGAUUGUAUGGAGGCCGGCGCACCGUCGGUGAAGAGAAUGAACUUGGGUGUCGGUGGUGUGAGGAUCGGAGAAGAGCUUGCGCCGAUGGACCCCGUGACCAUCCUCGAAGACACCCCGAACCUCCCAGCGGGCAAGAUUCAGCACUUGACGUUUCGGAGGGGAGACGCCCCCCCCUUCCACUUCCCGCAUCUCCGGCCGGCCGAGUAUGUCGGAAAGCUGAAAGGAAUGCGGCAGAUCUUGUAG